CCAGGGACGCGCUACGUGUCGCGGGAGCCCUUAUAGCCCCGGCCCGGCCCGGCUCGGCCGCGCCGCCCGUCACCAUGUCGAGCCGACAGCAGACGGGAUCAACCAAUGUGGUUUACCAAGCCCAUCAUGUCAGCAGGAGUAAGAGAGGACAAGUCGUCGGUACCAGGGGUGGAUUUCGAGGCUGCACGGUUUGGCUAACAGGCCUUUCUGGAGCUGGCAAGACAACCAUCGGCUUUGCUCUGGAAGAGUACUUGGUCUCUCAUGGCAUCCCCUGCUAUUCCCUGGAUGGUGAUAAUGUUCGGCAUGGCUUGAAUAAAAACCUGGGUUUCUCGGCUGGGGACCGCGAGGAAAACAUCCGCCGCAUCGCAGAGGUGGCCAGGCUGUUUGCUGACGCUGGGCUUGUCUGCAUAACUAGUUUCAUUUCUCCUUUCGCAAAGGAUCGUCAAAAUGCACGGAAAAUUCAUGAGGCAGCUGGACUUCCUUUCUUUGAGAUCUUUGUAGAUGCUCCUCUAAAUAUUUGUGAAAGCAGAGAUGUGAAGGGCCUGUACAAAAAGGCAAGAGCUGGAGAGAUCAAAGGAUUCACGGGGAUUGACUCAGAGUAUGAGAAGCCCGAAUCUCCUGAACUAGUGUUGAAAACGAAUGUUGCGUCGGUGUCUGAAUGUAUUCAGCAGGUUGUGGAGCUCCUCCAAACACAAAACAUCGUGCCCCACUGCUCGAUUAAGGAUGUUCUUGAGCUGUUUGUACCUGAAAAUAAACUCGAUAGCGUCCGAGCUGAAGCAGAGAUGCUGCCAUCCGUAGAGAUCACCAAGCUGGAUCUGCAGUGGGUGCAGGUGCUGAGCGAAGGCUGGGCCACUCCGCUGACCGGCUUCAUGCGCGAGGCGGAGUACUUGCAAGUGAUCCAUUUUGGCACCCUGCUGAAUGACGGUGUUGUCAACCUGAGCAUCCCCAUCGUGCUGCCGAUCUCCACGGAGGACAAGGAGCGGCUGGAGGGCUGCGAGGCGCUGGCGCUCAGCUACGCGGGGCGCAGGGUGGCGGUCCUGAGGAGCCCUGAGUACUUCGAGCACAGGAAGGAGGAGCGCUGCGCCCGCGUCUGGGGCACCACCUGCGCCAAGCACCCGCAUGUCAAAAUGGUGAUGGAGAGCGGAGACUGGCUGGUUGGUGGAGACCUCCUCGUGCUGGAGAAGAUCAAAUGGAACGACGGGCUGGACCAGUACCGCUUGACACCGCUCACUCUCAAGCAGAAGUUCCGAGAAAUGAAUGCUGAUGCUGUCUUUGCAUUUCAGCUGCGCAACCCCGUCCACAACGGGCACGCCCUGCUCAUGCAGGACACACGGCGGCAGCUUUUGGAGAGGGGUUACAAAAACCCUGUGCUCCUUCUGCACCCCCUGGGAGGAUGGACCAAAGAUGACGAUGUCCCACUGGAGUGGCGGAUGAAGCAGCACGCAGCAGUGCUGGAGGAGCAAGUCCUGGACCCCAAGUCGACCAUCGUUGCCAUCUUCCCCUCUCCCAUGCUCUACGCCGGCCCCACGGAGGUGCAGUGGCACUGCCGAGCUCGCAUGAUUGCCGGGUCCAAUUUCUACAUUGUGGGGCGCGACCCUGCAGGCAUGCCUCACCCUGAGACCAAGAGGGACCUCUACGAGCCCACGCAGGGAGGGAAGGUCCUCAGCAUGGCACCGGGCCUGACCUCGGUGGAAAUCAUCCCCUUCCGGGUGGCUGCUUACAAUAAACUGAAAAGGGCCAUGGAUUUUUAUGACCCAAAAAGGCACGACGAUUUUGACUUCAUCUCGGGAACACGCAUGAGGAAGCUUGCUCGUGAAGGUGAAAACCCACCAGACGGCUUCAUGGCCCCCAGAGCUUGGAAAGUCCUUACCGAGUACUACCAGUCGCUGGAAAAAAAGAAUUAACACUACUCCUCCUCCCUAGAAAUGCUUGUAUUAAGAGUGAGCAAUGAGUGAUUGAUUCCCUAUGACACAGAUCAGUUACUUGGCAUUUCCAGUGCUCUGACUGUAGAAUUUUCCUACCUGGGUCAGAGCGUUUUUUACUAAUCAGAAAUACUUUGAGCCUGGUCCUUCUCCCCUUGAAGCUGCCGGGAGCAUCCCUGUGGAGCUGGAAGGGGAGGGCAGCGGUCCCUUUGUUCCCAGCUGAGCACGGCUGCAGGCAGCCCAGCACGGCCUCCGAACGGGCCAGCUGGAGCGUUUUGGUGCUGCCAGGGCUGCGCACCGGCCCCUGGGGCGGAGCUGGUACCUCGGCACCAGGAUAAAAACGUGUCUGUCCCCUGUCUGGAGCAGAACAGAAGUGCCUUUCUGCUACCCCUCGCCCAGCGCUGCCCGAAGAGGCAGGAGCAGCCGCUGAAGCGAGGAGCGGUUGCUGCUGCUGGGGUGGGAAACGGGCACUCGAUGCUCAGAUCCAGUCGCUGCUCUCCAGGUUGUGCCUUAGAUGAUUUUUUGCUAUGAAACAGCAGGAUUUUUUUAACGCCCUUUUAAAAAAAAAAAGAUUUUUUUUUUUUAAUUAACCUUGACCAUCGCUGGUUCCUUGUGGCUGAGUCGAUUGCUGACUGUUCUUCCUUGCUUCCUUCUGCUUGAUCCCUCUGCUCAAAACAAAACCUGGGCUGAGUGAUACCAGUGCUCUGACUUCAGCCAUCCAUGGGGACUCUGCCACAGCUCCCCCUUUCCUCUGCCCCCGCUCCUCCCAUCCAAAAGGCAAAUUAAAGACAAAACAGCAAAAUCAGAGUGUGGGGUGGGUCCGAAUGGCUGUACCCAGUAAACCAGGUGAGAUGGCUCAAGCGCUUGCCCUCGUCGGUGCCGGUAGCCCUGCGUGGGUGCAGGUGACCUGCUUGUAUCUGCGGGCUGGUGCCGCUGGCUCUGGCCGGGGGAUGGCCGGAGGGUGGCAGAAACCUCCUUGGGUCCCCGCAGCCGCGCGGGGUGCUGCUGGGCGAGGGGCGAUGGGGCUGAGCCGAGAGCCGGUGGCUGGUGCCUGCUCCCAGCUCUGGCUGGUGGAAAGUUACCACAGCCCUUAUCUUUUUAUUCCCCCCCACCCCAUCGACAUGGACUUUGCCGCUGUGCGUGAGGCUUUUCCGCUGACUCUUGCGGUAGCCUCGGCCGGGGCUGAGCAGCGUGACUCAACACCAGAGCUUCACCUGGUGCCGUAUGUGUCUCGCCCCGAGCACGUCCCACUGGGACCGGUGCCUGCCUGGGCGCUGCCCGAGGUUCAAGCGUGAUGCCCUGCAUGGCCGGGAGCCCCUCGGCCGCUGCCUGCCCCUACCUGUGCCUCAACGUCCUGCCUGCUGUCAGCGGAGCCUUUCCCGGGGAAAGGGCUGAUCCUGCAGCCCCAUUGUGCCGGCGGCGAGGAGCACGCUGCCUCCCCGGCCCCCGCGCUCAAGUGUGAGGAUUUUAGGGGGGGAGACAGCUGUGCACUUGGUAGUUAUUGCAACAACCCAGAUGAUUGAUGAUUUUUGUACUUGUCCUUUUUAGCAGACACCCUAAGACUGGUUAGAAUGUGUUUAAAUGAAAUGGAAAUAGCAUUCUCCUCUUCUUCAGUUUUAAUUACAAAUGGAUCUGCGCUUGGUAAAAAUAAUCACGCUUCUGCUUGUAACUAGGGAUAGUGCGCUGCCUCGCAAGCUGAAACCUGUUUUGCUGUGGCCAUGGUGCAGGGUCCAAGACUACGGAUGCGAUUGGGAAUACUUUUGCAGAAAGCUGGGGGUUUCUUUUCUUUUUUUUUUUUCCCCUCCCCAUUUGUCAACUGAUUUGGGGUUGGUUUUUUUGUAAAAAAUUUUUUUUUUUAAGUAUUCUGAGCAAAGAGCCCAAAGCUGUGUUAUACCUCAAGAAAAAUGCUGCAAGGCCCCAUGUCAGGAGCUGACUCGUACCUGUGCCUCUUACACGCGGGCCCUCUGGCAGGGACCCGGAUGACAAAAGCAAUACUCCCAUUUGUGAUUGCAAUAUUUGUCAUUUCUGUUAAGUAGUGAAAUAGUGCUGUUGCCGCUAAUCUUAAAAUAAUCAAAUGGUUUAAAAAAAAAAAACCCCACAAACCUGCAGUAAAUUCAGAUGGUUACAGCAAAACACAAAUGUUGUAUUAUCCUUUUAAAAUAGCGUAGUGUACUGAUUACCUCUGAUUAAAAUAGAGUACGUGGACUAGUUUUUUUUUUUUUAUUUUAUAAUGUAUUUAUUAAAAGACAUGAGACUGGAAUUUGUACCUCAACUGAUGCAUCUCAUGAUUUAAUAUAUUCUGAACUUGAUACUCCGCUACAAAACACUCACUUUUAGUACAAAUAAAUAUUUAUACGUGUAACUAA